UUUUAAUUUUUUUUCUGGCUUCAAGAGUGGCGGCCGCUGCGCGCCAGUCUUGUCGUACCGACGGUGGAUCGACAAUCGUCAAAUCUAGGGGCGUUUUUACGAGAAUCCACAACCAGUGGGUGCUGGCUGCUGAGUCUUUUAUAAAGGCUACCCAGAAGCGAAAACGAAGAAAAUAAUAAAAAUAUCAUUUACAGAGAAAAAGGAAAAGAAUAUGGUGACUCUAUUGGUGGCCACCACCGGAGAUCCCGCCUCCAUCAACCCUGCCUCCGCCCUCCUGGCCAUGCCCGGGUGGCAACCUACCUCCUCCCUCCAGGAAAUAAAGAGUUUCAGCAAUCAACAAGUGAGGCUAUUGCUACACGACAAAAGCAUCGUGGUAGAGGACGACUUGGAUCAGCGAUGGGAGGCGGCCACCGGUGAGGUGGUGGAUGAAGUUAUCUUUUUCAGCAAACACACCGCCGUUUCUAACCGCCCUGCCCUUACCAUUCAUCCAAUUGGAGUGCCUCAUUUGCGAGAAGGGGACGUCCCGCCACAAGGCGGAAAGCCAGGAUGGGCUGCACCUCCUGAUCCGAGAAUGGGUCCAUGGCUCAGACUCUUGAAAAAAAUUGCCCAUUCUCAUAAUUUAGUUCCUGAGUUUGAGAUUACUUUGGAGGCUACUCAUCAUGGACCAGUGACCAGUAAGCCAACUAUGUUCAUUGAAAUAGGUAGCACAGAAGAAUACUGGGAGAGGCAGGAUGCUGCUCAAGUCGUUGCUCUAUUAGUAUGGGAAGGACUUGGGCUUGGAGGAGGUGCCUCAGUAGGUAACUGGAGCAGCGCAAAUGACAAGAGAAAGGUCCUUCUUGGAAUAGGUGGCGGACACUAUGCACCUCGGCAUAUGGAUAUAGUUCUAAAAGAUGGUGUUUGGGUGGCACACCUGCUCUCAGGGUAUUCUUUACCCAUGGAAGAUCCAAAUCAGACAAAAAUAGAUACAAAUACAAAAGAUAUUGGUGGAACUUGGAGAGAAUCAAUUAAAGCUGCCUAUGAGGCUACCAAAUCAGCUUUCCCUGGUGGGGAAAUUUUGGCACAUCUUGAUCACAAGAGUUUCAAGAGCUGGCAGAAAAAUGCUAUUACAGGAUUUCUAGGAGAGCAGAACAUCAAAAUUGGGAAGCCAAAUGAUUUCAAUUAAUUACAACAUUUGGAAGAAUGAACUUGCUAUUUUCUUCUAGAAGAAGGUUGAGGAACCUUGUGGUGAGGACCUCCUGUUGACAUCUUAUUAGUUUUUCUGCCAAGUUGUUCAUUAUAUCUAGAAGGUGAAUCCAAUUGGACCUGAUAUCUUUACAAAGUAUCACAAUCAUAAUGGUGGAGAUUGUUCUCCUUAUGAAGUUAAAUAUCCUUCAGGAGAUGCGGAAGCAGCAAUGUCCAUCUGUAUUACUCAACACACAGGCACUUGCCAUAUCACUACCUAUAAGCAUAUCUUUGCGUUGAAGUCGGGAAAUUCAACAGAUUUAUGGAGUCAUUACCAUUAGAUUCUUCAUGCCAUGAAGCUUAUGAUGUUCUUGAUGCUAUUGAAAUUUGGAUUUUGAUUAGAUCAUGUCAAGUUAAAUGAAACCUGUUUGCUGGACCAGUUAAAUUUAUAAACUUUGUUGCUUGGUAAAAAAUGACCUUGUGGCUAGUUUUUAAUAUCAAACAAAAUUUUAUCAAAA